GCCGCUUCCACCCCAGGAAUAUCCUGUCAGGUAUAAUGUCAGUGAAUGGGAAGAAAGUUUUUCACAUGGAUAGAAACCCGUAUGAUGGAGGAAAGAGUGCGUCUAUAACACCGCUGGAAGAUUUAUACAAAAGAUUUAAGAUACCCGGAGCUCCACCAGCAUCCAUGGGCAGAGGAAGAGACUGGAAUGUUGACUUAAUCCCCAAGUUCCUCAUGGCAAAUGGUCAGCUAGUUAAGAUGCUGCUUUUUACUGAGGUCACUCACUAUCUGGAUUUCAAAGUGACUGAAGGGAGCUUUGUUUAUAAGGGAGGAAAGAUCUACAAGGUUCCUUCCACUGAAGCAGAAGCCCUGGCAUCUAGCCUAAUGGGGCUGUUUGAAAAACGUCGAUUCAGAAAAUUCCUGGUAUAUGUCGCCAACUUUGAUGAGAAGGAUCCUCAAACUUUUGAGGGCAUUGAUCCUAAGAAGACAUCCAUGAGAGAGGUGUAUAAGAAAUUUGACUUGGGCCAAGAUGUUGUAGAUUUUACUGGUCAUGCCCUGGCACUUUACAGAACUGAUGACUAUUUAGAUCAGCCAUGUUGUGAAACCAUUAAUAGGAUUAAAAUUUACAGCGAAUCUUUGGCAAGAUAUGGCAAAAGCCCAUACCUUUAUCCACUCUACGGCCUUGGAGAACUGCCACAGGGAUUUGCAUGGCUAAGUGCUAUUUAUGGAGGUACCUACAUGCUGAAUAAACCAAUUGAAGAAAUCAUUAUGCAGAAUGGAAAGGUGAUUGGUGUAAAAUCUGAAGGAGAGAUUGCUCACUGUAAGCAGCUCAUCUGCGAUCCCAGCUAUGUGAAAGAUCGAGUAGAAAAAGUGGGCCAGGUGAUCAGAGUCAUCUGUAUCCUCAGCCACCCCAUCAAAAACACCAAUGACACCAACUCCUGCCAGAUCAUUAUUCCACAGAACCAAGUCAACUGGAAGUCAGAUAUCUACGUCUGCAUGAUCUCCUCUGCACACAAUGUGGCCACACAAGGCAAGUACAUCGCCAUCGCCAGCACAACGGUGGAGACCAAGCAGCCCGAGAAGGAAAUCAGACCAGCCCUGGAGCUCUUGGAACCAACUGAGCAUAAAUCCGUUAACAUCAGUGACCUCCUUGUACCAAAAGACUUGGGAACAGAAAGCCAGAUCUGUAUAUCCCGUACCUAUGAUGCAACAACUCACUUUGAGAUGACCUGUGAUGACAUUAAGGACAUCUAUAAGAGGAUGAUGGGAUCCGAGUUUGGCUGAGGAAAUGAAGUACAAGAAAAAUGACAUCUAUGGGGAAGACUAACAGCAGAACAUGUUAUCAUCUAAUUAGGACAAACUUAAAAUUUGGCAAAUGAUGCAUAGUGUAUGAAUUGUAAGGCCUGCUUUUGUAAUCAAAACUGAGAGAUUGCAUAGCACUGUACCAGUAAAUAUUCCUCCCCUUUCUAAUAUCAUAUAUUAACUUGUUUUCAUGGAGUGGCUCUUCCGAAUUGGCAGGUUCCCACGUUCUGUUCAAUUUAACCAAUACUGGCUUGUGUUUUCUAGUGAAGGAUCAGUUUUAAAACCUUGUGAUACUGAUACAGAGAACUUGAUACAGUAUUUGUAUCUUUUAAUCAGUGUAGCCUUUGCAGUUAUGAGCUUCCGCUGUUCAAGAGCUGGGUCAGUGCAGCUUGCGUGCCA